AUGCAAUACACAACUCUUCUCGCCGCCUUGGCCUUUGGCUCAACUGCCUUUGGACACAUGGAGAUGUCCUUCCCAGCACCACUUCGAGGAAAAACAAAUCCGAACGCAAAGAACGCGGAUUUCUCCAUGACUGCUCCUCUCUCCGGCUCAGCCCAGUUCCCUUGCAAGGGAUACCAGACUGAUAUGGCCGACGCCAACGGUGCUGGAAAGCCAACCGCCACCUUCACACAGGGAGGAGACGCUAACUUUACCAUCGUUGGAGGCGCAGCCCACGGAGGGGGUUCUUGCCAAGCUGCUCUCUCAUACGACCAAGGCAAAAACUUCAAAGUCAUCCACUCAUUUAUCGGCUCAUGUCCUCUCGACAGUAGCUCCAGCUUCCCUUUCAAGAUUCCAUCCGACGCAAAGGAAGGAACUGCAUUAUUUGCCUGGACUUGGUUCAACACCGUCGGAAAUCGAGAAAUGUACAUGAACUGCGCCUCUGUAAACAUCGCCAAAGGUUCUGGAGACAAGCCAGCUGUCGCCUUUGACCAACGCCCAAGUUUGUUCGUUGCCAACAUCGGAACCAACAGUUGCAAGGUUAAAGAGGGCACAGAAGCAGAAUUCCCAGACCCAGGUCCAGACGUAACCAAGAAAGAGACGAAAAGCAACGCUGCGUCCUUGGAUGGAGACUGCGGUGCCAAAGGAUCUUCUCCCGCCCCAGCUCCAGGUUCUGGCGGUGGAAACUCCUCUCCACCAGCUCCAGCAGCUCCAGCAGCACCAUCGUCUCCAUCAGCACCAGCAGCACCAGCAGCACCAUCGUCUCCAUCAGCACCAGCUUCCUCUCCUUCUCAAACCAUCGUCCCUGUCAACCCACCUGCGUCCUCUCCAACACCAGCACCAUCUUCAGGCGGUGGAAACUCCACUCCUGCAGCACCAGCACCAGGCGGAGCCAUGACUGCAUCAACCGAUGGCACAUGUGGAGGCUCAAAAUCCUGCGGUGGAGGAGCCUGUUGCUCCAAGGACGGAUUCUGUGGAAUGAGUCCUCAGCACUGUGGUACUGGAUGUCAAUCUGCUUUCGGCAAGUGUGGAGGAGCUGCGAAGAUGAUUCGUGGAGGAAACUGGGCUUAG